GAAUUGAAUUACUGAAUAAUGUCUUACCCACCAAAUAAUCAGCAGGGUUAUCCACCACCCUAUGGAGGUCCUCCAGGUGUGUACCCCCCACCUCAAGGGGGAUACCCACCCCCCACCAGCUUCCAACCUGGUCCAGGUUAUGCACCUCCUGGUAGUCAGCCUGGAUAUGCCCCUGGCCAGCCAGGGUACCCUCCUGGCCAGCCAGGCUAUCCUCCAGGCCAACCUGGCUACCAGCCUCCUCAGGGGCAACCUGGCUACCAGCCUCCACAGGGGCAACCUGGCUACCAGCCUGGCUACCCUCCACCAGGAGGAUAUCAGCCAGGAGGUUACGGCCAACCAAUUGCCCAACAGCCAACUGGUGGACCAACUCCUCAAGCCCCAGGUGGCUGGAUGAGCAUGCCCCAAGGGAACCCUGGUAUCCCACCUGGUUUGGAGUAUCUUACACAAAUUGAUCAGCUCCUGGUCCAUCAGAAAGUUGAAAUUCUUGAAGCUCUAACUGGCUUUGAGUCUAAGAAUAAAUUUACCAUUAAGAACAGUAUGGGGCAGAAAGUAUACUAUGCUGUUGAAGAUUCUGACUGCUUGACUCGUAAUUGCUGUGGGCCAUGGAGGCCCAUGGAUAUCAAAAUUCUGGAUAACUUUAAAAAUGAAGUGAUACACAUGAACCGUCCAUUGGCUUGUGAUUCUUGUUGGUUUCCAUGUUGUCUUCAGUCAAUGGAAGUCUCCUCACCUCCGGGCACAGUGGUGGGCAGAGUAGAACAAGAAUGGAGCAUUUUGACUCCCCAGUUCAGAGUGAAAAAUGCAGCUGGAGACACAGUGUUGCGGAUAGAGGGUCCAUUUUGUACUUUCUCCAUUUGUGGUGAUGUGGAAUUCAAGAUCUUGACAGCAGAUGGGGCCACUCAAGUUGGCAAAAUUUCAAAACAGUGGGCCGGUUUGCUCCGAGAAGCUUUUACAGAUGCUGAUCAUUUUGGCAUCACCUUUCCCAUGGACUUAGACGUGAAGAUGAAAGCAGUAAUGAUGGGAGCAUGUUUCCUAAUUAAUGUGGAUUAUGCCUGAUACUGAAGCUUUUUAAUGUCUGUCAGAUGUACAUCUUCAGUGACUUCUAUUUUUUACCUAGAGAACUGACUGGUGGAUGUCUCAAACUAGAGGUUUGUACAAUUAAUUUUUAUCAUUGCAUUAGCAGGCUCUUGACAUCCAAAUUUUUUUAUUCCUUGAAGAGAUGUAUUUAAAUGGAAUUAUUGACCUCUGUAAACAUAAAACAUGUACAUGUUUCAUGUAAACAUAAAACAUUACAUGAAAAACACGUAAUGCAAUCAGUACAGAUGAGACCCAACCAUGCAGCUCUUUAGUAUUUUCAAUGUAAGUAGAUUCCCUUAUCUCUUAGCACUUUAUAUUCUCCUAGCACUUAAUAAUAAUGCAGAUUAAUGUAAUUAUACAUUGUCUCGCCUCAAUUUGCUAUAAAUAACUAUUGUAACAUUCUGUGUUGGACACAUCAACCAUAGUUAUAUCGUGUGAAUAUAAAGUUGAGAGUUAAUAUUGGUAUUCGUGGGCACAGUCUGCUUCAGACAGUGUGCAAAGACGCACAAGAUGGGGAGAGAGAAAAUAGAACCACAUUACGGAAUGAAGUAAUGGAGGCAGUGCUCUUUAAUUGGCAUUUUGCCAGAUCUGCUCUUGAGAAGAAACAGUCUUCUUAAAUGUUUCAUUAUUGCUCCUAUUGCCAUCUUUGAUUCCUCCUUAGUUUCUCCAAAGGAAUUCAAUGCUCUUGCAAAAUAAAGAAAGAAUUAUCAGAUUCUUGAAGAUAAAGACUAUUACUGCCAGCUUGCAAGUGUUUGUGUCCAUGAAGCCCAUAUAUCUGUUAUAAACAUUAUAUAUUACUAUCUUACAUUACUAAUAAUAUUGUAUAGGAUAUUCUUUAUGAUACCUAACAAAUUGGUAUUAACUCGUCCAAAUACAAUUUCCCAAUGUGUAAAUUGUCAAAACAGUUCUGUUAUGUUCUGCUAUUGAAUUGAUUUUCUACUUGUACCUAAUGUGGCUGUUAACAGUAGCCUUAUGUGAAUGUUUAAAAAAUAGUAUUUACGAUGACUCUUAGAGAUGAUUAUAUUUUGUAUGAAUUUGGAUAAUACGAAGCAGGUUCUAAUGGCUGCAAGUUGAGUCAAUUGAAAAUUGAAUAUUGGCGUACUGUAAGAAAAGUAGUUUAUUCAAAUAUUGCUGAAGAAGUGAGAAAAAUGCUAUUUAUUUUAUAAAUGCCUCCACUGUUGAGAAUACUACAUGGGUGUUGUGAAGAGGUCAACUAUUUUUAUGUUAAAAUGUACUAUAUGACUUGUCCACGGUGUUAGAUAAUUGUAAAUAUGUUUAUGUUGUACAUUAACAUGUUAAAGACUGUAUGUUGUGUGAGUUCAAGCAGCUACUGCCCCCAGCUUUCCCAAAUGGUUACCAAAUAUAUUCAGUGAUUGAGGAAGUCUGAUAUUUGAAGCACUUAAUGCUAACUGUCUUUUAUAUUUGUUAGUCAUUGCCAUCAAACUUUUCAUUCCUGCUGUGAGGUAAGCCAGCUUUUAAUGUGCAGGAAAUAAUGUGUAAUUCAGUGUCUCGACAUUAAAAAGAUUGCUGAAUGAUAUUUUUCAGAUAUGAAUAUUGUUUAUUGUAUGUGUUAAACAGAGCAAUAAACAAAGUGUUUACCACCAUUUAUUUA